AUGGGAGAUAUAUCGAUGAAUGGAUCUACUUCCAUCAACAAUGGAGGCGGUAGUUCCAAUAUGUUAUUACAAACGAAUUACUUCUUAUUAAAGACCGAGAAUAUCAAACCAUUGAUUGAUUUAAGUCAACAAUUGAAUAAUCAAAUUAAACAGAAUGAAACAUUAUUAAGUCGAUUGAAUCAUUUGAUUGAUCAUCAAUUGAAACUCCCUCAUUUAGAUGAAUAUGAUGAAGGUGUAAAGGAGAUUGGAGACGUGAUGAAUGAUGAUGAAAUUAAAGAUGGUAUACGAAUGGAAAAGGAAGAGAGAAGACUGUCACCAGAGGAAGUAGAAGAAGAAGAUGAUGAUGAAGAAGCAGAUAAAUUAAGAAGAGAACAGAUUAAUAAAUCACAAUAUGACGAUGUUGAUUCAUUGCGAUACUUAUUGAUUAAGAAAUAUGAUCUACCAACUAAUUAUGAUGAUAGUUCAAAUAUAAAUAUAGAUAAGAGUAAGAGAAGAAUUGAACAAUUAAUUAAUGAUAAUCAAUAUCUUUCAAAAUUAGUUCAAUUUAAAAAGGAUCAGAAUCAAAAUUUAUUUAAGAUAAUCAAUGAUUAUGAAACUUUUAUAAUUGAAAUGAUUUUACCUAAUUUACGACUGGAUAAAUUGUCCAUCAAACAUAGUAAUGAUAAACAUAAUGAUAAUGCUAAUGAUAAUAACGACAACGAUAAUGAUAAUGAUACUUCAAUUCAAGCUAUGAUCAAUAAGAAAUUUUCCAAAAUUGAUGUGAUAUAUAAACGAUAUAAUGCUAUUAUAAUUAAAUUUGUUACUAUUAAUAAUUUAUUAAACAAUUUAAUUAAUCUUUUAAUUCAACAAGAUAAUAAAUCUCAUUAUAUAAUAUAUCAAUUAGAGAUACUUCAAAAUUUAAAGGAUGAAUUAAUGAUCUAG